AACUAUGCUCGAGAGUCUAGACGGCACUCCGAUUUGAGUCUUUGGCCGAUUUGAGAUAAAAUUAGCUGCACCCGAGUGAAGGUUUUCAAGAUGGCCUCGAGCGAGUCCCUGAUUUCAAAGCUUGAUAGCUUACUGGCCCAACUGCUUGCCGACUGGGACAUCUACACAACUGGGCUAGCCACCCUUUUGGUUACUUACGUGGGCUAUGUCACUUUCUUUUCGAAAGAUCCGGAUGCGCAUCCUUUUAUGCUUGCCCGGCAAGCCGCCGAAGCUCCCAUCAGGCAGCCGGGAGAAUCCGCGACACUUCGUGCCCUUGACGCUCCCCAUGGGUACCCUCUUAAGGCCGGAUUGGGAGUGAGGGAUCCGGAAACACCAAAAUGGUCAUAUGGAAGGAAUGGAGAUUUACGUGACAUCUGGAGGAGCGCCGUCAAGGGAUCGCUGAAUCAAGACGGCACACCUAAAGGGAAGCGUGGAAAGAUAUACACUGUCCUGGGCAAAAAUGUAGAAGAACGAAGUAUCGACGAGAUAUCGAAAGAAAUCAAUGUUCUCGGGCAGUAUAUUCGCGACUCAAAGGCACAAAAUGUGGCAAUUUGUCUUUCUGACUCUGUGGAAUUACUUGCUACACUUUUUGCCGGUGCAUUCUACGGAUUUAAGAUUACGAUAAUCCCUCAUAACUUGGCUUCUGAAGAGCUGGCAACGUACCUCCAGCAAGCUAAAGCAGAUCUCCUUGUUGCAGAAGCCGGUGCUGUUGAUCUCGAUGUUGUGUCUAAAGCCCGUACGUCUCUGAACAAUGUUGUCUGGGUCACUAAAGUGGGCAACCAACACUUGGAUUGGAGUCAAGGCCCAGAUGAAUUGGGUAGUCAGAUUAAAGUGGCUGUUUGGCAGGAUUUGGUGAAAGAUAGCGGUAAUUCUGCUACCUCGGAGCUUCCCGCCUCUGAUCCCAACGUAGCCACACCCUCAAUAACUACACUCUGGUUCCCCCCAACUGGCCCUGGAUCUUUCGUUGAAUAUACAGCCGCGAAUCUCAUAUCUGCUGUGGGUGCUCUUGGCAGCUCCCUUCCACGUAACGAGCUUCUCAGAGACUCCGACCUAUUUCUUUCGAUUGACUCGUUGGCUCAUACAUACUCGCUCUGCUGGACCCUUGCUGCUCUGUAUGCCAACGCUUCCGUUGCUCUCAAUUCGGUAGCUGGCGAAGUUGUCGAUUUAGCGCUGGCUACCGCGGGGAUUUCACCCACCGUGCUGGUUGCAUCUUCCCACACCAUAUCCGACUACCAUGCUCAACGUAUGGGACCCUCUAUGAAUCCAAUUACCAAUAUUGGACGAUACUUUCAUAGCCGUUCCUUGGAUUCCGGUGUGAUGCCAACACGUAAUUGGCUAUGGGAUUUGUCAAGCGCUGCACCAACUGCAGGACUUUCUCUCGAUAAGCUUCGACUUUUGUUCAUUUCCCAUCGAGCUGAUGGGAACAAACAAAAUCGGCUCACCUCCGAUCAAUUAACGGACCUCAGAAUAUUCACUGGAGCUCGUGUUGUAUAUGCGCUUACUGCUCAAAAUGUUGCUGGUGCGGUUUGCCAAACGCUUCCGUACGACUAUAGAAUGGAUACCGGGCCUAGUCAUUUCGGCCCACCUACAAACAGUGUUGAAAUAAAGUUGAUUGGAUGUCAGGAGAAUGGCACCAACGAGAGAGCAACAGAAGGAGAAAUAUUUGUGACCGGGCCCUCUGUCGUCUCCGGACAGUCCUCACUAGGUGUCAAGGCUCGGAUUCGUGAUGAUAAUACCAUUGCACUCUGUGACUAGAAGGAUUCAAUGGUUCAUAAUGUCUAUCUUUGUGUACUGUGGAUAUGUUGUUCGAUAUGCUCUAUCAAUGAAAUCUUUUCUCCAAGGGCAAAUACCGACAAUCAGGGCUGCCAAGCAUGAAUCCUCAAUAUUUUAUCCAAAGGUAACAAAUAUUGUACAGUAUAAACGCCUCUGACACCCCAAACACGGCCUCUCAAACAAGUAAGAAGUGACUACUUAUGAUACAGUCGCUUGGCCAAUACAACACCCGAUCGAUCCGCACUAUCGCUUUCCUUCGUCACUUUUUCCACAGAGGCUUCGAUUGUCUUCCCAAGCUCACCCAUUCGAGAUCGUAAGGCAUUGGACAAGUCGGCAUCGGCCUUGAUUUCAUCUACCUGUAGAGCUAGAUUCAUACCAUUCCACACAGGAAUCAACUCUAGGAGUCUAAAGUUAGCAGUCUCCCACAGGGCGGGGACAUCGAAGUUCCCGAACGACCAAGUGCUAAGAAGCCUGGUAGCAUAUGCUCGAACUUGUCCUUCAACGUCCUUCCCCCCAAGUGAGUCGAGAGUGUUGGCGGCGCUGAGCUCGAGUAGAAUUGCAAUGAUCUCAGGUGAAUGUUUUGCGUCAUUCAUCCGAUCAGCUGCGGUAUGCUCAGGAGCAUCGAAAAGGUCCGCCAUUUGACGAGCUUGUCGCAAAGCUGUCUCAGCCUCACCACCCUUAAAAUUCGCCUCCUGUGCCUUGUAGCGAAUUGCCAAAAAUAGAUUUUUUGCUACAGCAACAUUGGCCAGGGUAAGACCAGUUCUCUUCGAUUGCUUCACACUCUCCACCAUCACGCUUGCUUGCCCAGCUAGACCGGCCUUGCGAACUAGCCACACCAAAUUUUUUGUUGCAAAUGGCCGCUUUGAAUUUUGUAGUCCGGUCAGAAAUGGAAUAAUGUUGAGCCAGUCCUCGCGAGUCUUCAUCAAAGAAACCAUUUUCCUAAACUCGGCGGAGCCGGGCUGGUCUUCGGGUUUCAUGGGCUUCAGGAGAUAGGAUUCUUCGGUUUGGCCGCCAACUUUGACAGAUAUGGGGUUGUCUUGUAAUUUCUGUGCAUAUUUUUGCUUGAACAUUAAUCGUUUGUGUCGAAGACUCAGUGACAU